AAGAAAAAGACUCAGGAGGGUAAAAACAAGGGAAAGAAGGCAACGGAGACGAAGCAGAAAAAGACUGAUUUGGAUUCCACUUGUGCAGAUAUGAGGGAUUCUAAAGAGGGUCAAAAGGAGGAAGAUGAAAAACCUUCCGUUUCUGCUGUGCUGUCCCUGGAACAAACAGCUGUGAUUCAGGAGAUGGUAAAUCAAGAUGUACUUCCAAAGCUGACGAUCCCCAGUCCCACUAAUGAGCCACAAAUGGUAACUGAAGACAACCAAGGAGCAGCAAUAAACUGUGGAUCAGAUGAUUUGGAUGAUGAUGAGGAGGAGGAGGAUGAAGAUGAGGAAGAUGAAGAGGAGCUGGAAGAUGCCAGUAUGCCUAAAGACAAUGCGGAAAUGCCUUUGAUAUGUGAAGAAAAGUUAGACUUUAUGGAAGAGCAAAAGAGCAUGUCAGAAGAAUCUCCAGAAAGCUCUCCAAAGAAAAAGCUUGUUGUGAAAAUUCCAAAAGCGAAAGGUGAAUCGAAUGGUGAUAUUCAGGAAACAUUUAUGUUUCCUUGUCAGCAUUGUGAGAGGAAGUUUACAACAAAGCAAGGACUUGAACGCCACAUGCACAUCCAUAUAUCUACUGUUAACCAUGCUUUCAAAUGUCGGUAUUGUGGGAAGGCAUUUGGUACUCAAAUUAACAGGCGAAGACAUGAACGGCGUCACGAGGCAGGGCCGAAAAGGAAACCGUUUUUAACACUAACAGCAGCGCAACACUUGGAUAACGUUGGUGAUAACCAGGUAAUUGUGGAUGAUGGUCUUAAAGAUGACUUGAACGUUUCCGGUCUUGUGCAAGAUUCUGUAGUCUUGGAUUCUGAGAAAGUCUCCCAAGAAAUUUCAAACUCUGCUUUUGCUGAAGAAAAUAAGGAACCCAAAGAAUUGCAUCCGUGCAAAUACUGCAAAAAGGUUUUCGGAACUCAUACCAAUAUGCGGAGGCAUCAGCGUAGGGUUCAUGAGCGUCACCUUAUUCCCAAAGGUGUCAGAAGAAAAGGAUUCUUUCCUGAAGAGCCACAGCUUCAAACUGAGCAGGCCCCACCAGUCCAGAGUGUGUAUAUAGCAAGCACGGAAAUAGAAGAGGAAGGUGAAGUGGAUGAUGUUUAUAUUAUGGAUAUUUCCAGCAAUAUCUCUGAAAACUUAAAUUAUUACAUUGAUGGUAAAAUUCAGUCCAACAGCAGCACUAGCAAUUGUGAUGUGAUUCAAAUGGAGUCUAACUCUGCAGACUUGUAUGGACUGAAUUGUAUAAUCAGUCCAGUCACAGUGGAGAUUUCCCAGAAUUUAAAGGUUACACAGACACAUGUGAAUGAACCUCCUAAGGAGCCCUCCAGCAGUGGGAGCAAUGAAUCCAAAAAGAGGAGAACGGCUAGCCCUCCUCUCGUACCAAAAAUAAAAACUGAAAUAGACCCAGAACUUAUAAAUGCUACUAGUUCUUUAAAUCUUCCUCUUAGCAUUUCAACAGAGAACUUAACUUUUCAUAAAGAAAAAAGUGUUUAUUUGUCAUCAAAAUUAAAACAGCUUCUUCAGACGCAGGAUACUAAGAAAAUAACUCCAUCAAGUGAAAUCCCUAAACUAGGACCUUCUGUUACAUCACCACCUAUUUUGCCUCCAGCGUCUGGUAGAUUCAAAAGAAGGACCAGCUCUCCUCCCAGCUCUCCACAGCAUAGCCCAGUACUUCGAGACUUUGUCAAAGCAGGUGAGGGAAAAACUGUGUGGAACGAUAGUAUUCGGAGUUCAAAAAUGCCAAAGUUAGAAAGCCACAGCAACUCGCCUGCAUGGAGCUUGACUGGAAGGGAAGAAAGGGAAACUAUGAGUCCUCUUUGCUUUGAAGACUAUAAAAUAUCUAAAGACUGGACAGCAGCUCCGACUUUUGGCAACGUGUGCAACCAGCAGCCUCUGGAUUUAUCUAGUGGUGUAAAACAAAGGUCGGAUGUCAAAAAUAAGAAUCAGGUUCCUUGGGAAUCUGUAUUAGAUUUAAGUGUGCAUAAGAAGCCUUGCAGUGAUGCUGAAAUUAGGGAGUAUAAAGAAAAUAAUUCUCUACAGCCAACCUGCAGUGGUAUUAAAAAGAAGAAACCAACUACUUGCAUGUUACAGAAGGUUCUGCUGAAUGAGUAUAACGGAAUGGAUGCAGCUACGGACAGCGCCCCCAGUGCGAACAGAAGCCCAAGCCCAAGUAAAUCAUCGGAAUCUCAGGCAGACCCUGACACGGAUCCUGGUCUAUUUGCAUCUUCUGUUGACACUCAGCCCCUUCGUUCCUCUCUUUCUCCUGUGCCACAGCCAUCUGUACCUUCAGUGUGCCAGCUGCCUCCUUUAUUGACACCAACAAAUCCGCCUUCCCCACCACCCUGCCCGCCUGUGUUAACAGUUGCUACGUCACCUCCUCCCCUUCUUCCCACGAUACCGUUACCAAUUCCAGAUGUGUCUACCAGUGCCACUAACACAUCUUCGUGUCCAUCACCACUCUCUAACACUACUGCCCAGUCCCCACUACCUGUUCUUUCACCUACAGUUUCUCGUUCUCCGUCUCCCGUUCCUUCUGUUGAACCUGCUGCCUCACCUGGUCCUCCUACUCUCUCCUCUUCCUCUUCCUCCUCCUCCUCUUCCUCCUUCUCUUCGUCAUCAUCUCCCUCUCCUCCUCCUCUUUCAGUGGUUUCUUCUGUUGUUUCCUCUACUGAUAAUCUUGAAAAUACUCUCCCGAUAAUAAAGCAGGAAGAAAUCGAUAAUGAACAAAAGGCAAGAGAAGAUCCUCAGACUUCAAGUGAAUCAGGAACAGUGCAGGAAACGUUCAGUAAAAGCUUUGUGUGCAAUGUUUGUGAAUCACCUUUUCUUUCUAUUAAAGACCUGACUAAGCAUUUAUCUGUUCAUGCUGAAGAAUGGCCCUUCAAAUGUGAAUUCUGUGUACAGCUUUUUAGGGAUAAAACAGACUUGUCAGAACAUCGCUUUCUGCUUCACGGAGUAGGAAAUAUCUUUGUUUGUUCGGUCUGUAAAAAGGAAUUUGCUUUUUUGUGCAAUUUGCAACAGCAUCAGCGAGACCUCCAUCCAGACAAAGAAUGCACGCAUCACGAGUUUGAAAGUGGGACUUUGAGACCCCAGAAUUUCACUGACCCCAGCAAGGCAAACGUCGAACACAUGCAGAGCCUCCCAGAUUCUUUGGACCCUUCUAAAGAGGAGGAAGAUGAAGAUCUAAAUGAUUCCUCUGAAGAGCUGUAUACUACUAUAAAAAUAAUGGCCUCUGGGGUAAAAUCUAAAGAUCCGGAUGUUCGCAUGGGUCUCAAUCAACACUAUCCGAGCUUUAAACCACCUCCAUUUCAGUAUCACCAUCGUAAUCCUAUGGGUAUUGGAGUUACUGCGACAAACUUCACUACCCACAAUAUCCCGCAGACCUUUACUACUGCCAUUCGUUGCACAAAAUGUGGAAAAAGUGUUGAUAACAUGCCUGAGUUACACAAACACAUAUUGGCCUGUGCGUCUGCCAGUGAUAAAAAGAGAUACACACCCAAAAAAAAUCCAGUACCACUGAAACAGACAGUGCAGCCUAAAAAUGGCAUGGUGGUUAUAACUGGGCCUGGAAAGAAUGCCUUCAGACGAAUGGGUCAGCCUAAAAGACUUAAUUUCAAUGUUGAGAUAAGCAAAAUGUCCUCAAAUAAACUAAAAAUAAGUGCAUUGAAAAAGAAAAACCAGCUUGUCCAGAAAGCUAUUUUACAAAAAAAGAAAUCUGCGCAGCAGAAAGCAGAAUUGAAAAGCAAUCCAUCCGAGUCAGACUCUCACAUCUGCCCCUACUGUAAUAGAGAAUUUACUUAUGUUGGAAGUCUGAACAAACACGCGUCAUAUAGCUGUCCCAAAAAACCCAUCUCUCCAUCCUCUAAGAAAAAUUCAUCGAAAAAAAGUGCAAGUUCUUCAUCGCCUGCAAGCACUGAAAAAGGCAACAACCAGCGUAGGCGAACAGCGGAUGCAGAAAUCAAAAUGCAAAGCAUGCAGGCUCACUUGGGCAAGACAAGAGCACGAACCUCGGGACCUGCACAAAUGCAACUACCCUCUGCGUCCUUCAAGUCAAAACAAAAUGUUAAAUUUGUACCUCCAAUUCGCUCUAAAAAGCCAAAUUCAUCUUCAUCGUUGAGGAACUCUAGUCCUGUAAGAGUGUCCAAAAUGACUCACGUUGAAGGGAAAAAAACUAAAGUGGUUGCUAAGAACAGUUCGUCUGGAAUCUCAAGCAAAGCAUCCCGGAAAUUGCAUGUCAGACUACAAAGGAAUAAUAAAGCAGUUUUGCCAAGUAAGUCUGCUGCGGCAAGUAAGAAAAAAGCAGACAGGUUCAGUGUAAAAUCUAGAGAAAGGAUUGGAGGACCUAUUACGCGAAGCUUACAGCAGGCGGCUAAUGCAGAAGCAGCAGAAAACAAAAGAGAUGAAAGCAGUACAAAGCAAGAACUAAAAGAUUUCAGUUACAGGCUCCGCAUGGCCUCUAGAUGUCCCUCCUCCUCUUCGCAUAACACCAGCACCAGGCACUGCAAGAAAUCCAGCUGCACUACAGCCCACUUCUACAAGGAAUAGACCCUUCUGCAUGUCAAACCAAAACAGGUACUAGAAACUUUUGACUGGAAAAGGUGAGGUGAAGUAAUCCUCAAGCAUUAUCCUCUCCUGCCUCUCCUGCUUUUUCUCAGAUGAGGUGAGACCGGUUCCGCAGUAGAUGAAAGGGACAGCGGUUUCUUCUGCUGGGAGCAGUGGCACGCUUCUGUCAUACUGUCCUUCCUUCCAGAGGGAGAGGGAGAGAGCGCAGUGCAGGGCUCCUGCCUUCAAGCGAAUGAUGAACUGUGGAUGCUGGUGAGAGGGUGAUUUCACAGUCCCCUGCAGCAUGAAGUCCAUGCAUCGACAGCCAGUGGAAUAGCAUGGAGAAAUGUUCAGACAGUUGCAGGCAGAUGAACCAUGUUUGGAGGGUUGAUAGAUUUGGAUGCGUCUCCUCUUUCUAGGAGAACAGAGAGGGGUUUAACAUACUAUGCAAUUAAAUUCUGAAAAGACUGUUACAUCAUUUUAGUUUCUACUUUACAUGCUAACGGGUAAAGAACUGGGCAUCCCACCAAAAUCCACUGGAACAUGGUAGAUUUUGCUGAGGUUUCCACAUCUCAAAUCUGUGGGAACCCCAGUUUCUUGACUUUGUACCAUUAGCUUUAAAAGGCAUGAUGCCAUUGCUUUUGAAGUGUGUCAAGACCCACUUUUUUUUUUUUUUUUUUUUUGGAAUACCACCUGUUAAAUGAUCUCUGUGAAAUGCACUGAUAGCCCAAUUUCAUAAAGGGACAAGCAUCUGCUUCUCUAAAGCCCCCGUUACAUUUGUUGCCAAUCUGGUGCUCUUGUUCUGGUCAGGAUUUAAUUACUUAAUGAGAGUAUAAACAUGCACAUUGCCAUGCAGUAUCAAGCAGUGCUUUCCCCUGAAUACGGAGCUUUCUGUUUGUGACCCUCAGUACAAGCAUGCUUAGUUUCAGUGGUCCUGUAGAGGAGGCAUCCAUGGAGGUAGCUGGCAGCCAGUAAAGACAAGUUGCAGAAACUUAUACAUCAGUUAGGAAAGUGCAGUGCGAGGAGGUCUCUUAAAUCUUGCUCCAAAAUGGUGACAAUCACACAAAUCUGGCAAGGGUGUUCUCCUUCAGGUGUCCACAGAUUUCUCCUCUGAGUUGAGGUCUUCCUUCUGUCAUGACAGGAUUUUACAGGAUCCGUGCUAAUGUAGCGUCCAAGUAUUCUUCAAUGAGGCCAAGGGAGUAGAUUCCCCUGUUUCCCCCUUGUUUCAGCCAAGACAUUCCUCUCCUUGUCUUUGCACUCCACACAGGUAAGCACACGUCUAUGUAUGCACACACAUUAGUUGUGAAAAACCAGGCACUCACUUGAUACACCUUCCCACCACCACCUGAAAAGGUCAAAAAAUGAUCAUUUUUUUAUGUGUAUAUAUAUAUUCACACACACACAUGCAUAUAUAUACACACA